ACAUAGGACCGGCAGGUGGUACCGUGAUAUAUAUAUUAGGCCGGAGUUUGCGGUAGAAUCCAUCAUCGGAUAUUCGGAUUCCUGGUAUUUGACUGACCGUUCUUCAGCCGCCGAUCGACGGAAACUACUCUCUGUCUUCAUCGAUUCGAUUCCCUCUUGCAAUUGUCGCACAUCCAUCGUUUCCAUAUCCUUUUAUGACACUGUAUUAUUCAGAGGUCUCACAAAAUGGAUUUUAUAAUUGGAGCUUUCAAGGCACCGUGUACUAUUUCAAUCUCCAUUUCUGAUGCAAGAUCUCGCAAGCAGAUUCCAUGGAAAAAGGGAAAUGGUCAAACAACUAUGGUUUGUGUUUUCCAAAAUCAAGAAAAUAUUUCGGGAGAGGUUGUGAUUGAUCCACAUAGAGGGAAGAAGGUUGAACAUCUUGGCGUGAAAAUUGAGCUCCUUGGUCAGAUAGAGUUGUACUUUGACCGAGGGAACUUCUAUGAUUUCACUUCUUUAGUCCGUGAACUUGAUGUUCCUGGUGAAAUAUAUGAAAAAAAGACAUAUCCAUUUGAAUUUUCAUCUGUUGAGAUGCCAUAUGAAUCCUACAAUGGAGUCAAUGUGCGGCUUAGGUACAUUUUGAGAGUGACCCUUAGUCGUAACUUCAUUGGCAAUAUUGUGGAGUACCAAGAAUUUGCGGUUCGGAACUUCACUCCACGCCCAUCAUUGAAUAACAGCAUAAAGAUGGAAGUUGGAAUUGAAGAUUGUCUACACAUUGAAUUCGAGUAUAACAAAAGCAAGUAUGAUUUGAAAGAUGUUAUAGUUGGGAAAAUAUACUUCCUUCUGGUGAGAAUCAAGAUUAAAAACAUGGAACUUGAGAUUAGGCGGCGUGAAUCCACCGGAGCUGGUUCCAAUACAUAUGUCGAGACAGAAACCCUUGCAAAAUAUGAGUUGAUGGAUGGUGCCCCAGUAAGAGGAGAGUCAAUUCCAGUUAGGCUGUUUCUUAGUCCAUAUGAGUUGACACCAACUUAUCGUAAUACAAACAACAAAUUCAGCGUGAAGUACUAUCUCAAUCUCGUUCUUGUGGAUGAAGAGGAUCGACGUUAUUUUAAACAGCAAGAGAUCACUAUUUAUCGCCUUCUCGAGUGAUCCUAGCUUGUUUGGGAAUAUGGAAUUGAAUGGCUGUUGUUGUUAAUCUUUCUUUAAUUUCUCCAUCUCUUUCCAGUUAAUGUUGUCUCCUAUUACUACUACCAAUGAUUAUUUUGAUUCUGAACUCUGAAGCUUUUUUUUGAUAUAAUUAGAUAUUUGCUUGCU